AUGUAUAACAAUGAAUCAGUGGAUUUACAGGAGCUUUCAGAAAACUACCGAGUGGUAUUCAGCAAACAUGUCACUACUGGCAGAUUGAAACCCACAAUCCAGAAGAAAACGCGCCAGGAGCUAGUUUCCAUGUUUCCGGAACUUGAAAUGGGAGGUUGGUUUACUCCAUCCAAGUGCAGACCUAAAGAGAACACAGCAAUAAUUAUUCCAUACCGGAACCGCUACUCACACCUUCAUAUUCUUUUACUGAAUAUCGUCCCUUUGCUAGUCAAACAAAAUGUGAAGUUUAGUCUCUUUGUCAUAGAACAGGAACUACCAGGAAUUUUCAACAGGGGCAUGUUAUUCAAUGUUGGCUUUCUGGAGGCUCUACGGUUGGACAACUUUGACUGCUUCAUCUUCCACGAUGUGGACAUCAUCCCAAUCAACGACCACAACCUUUACAACUGCAACCAUGAGCCAACUCAUUUUCUCACGGGAGUCAAUAAGUUUCAAUACAAACUGAUGUAUCAGAACAUGUUUGGUGGCGUGGUGGCCUUUACUCUCCAGCAGUUCACCAACAUAAAUGGUGCCUCCAAUCUCUACUUUGGAUGGGGAGGGGAGGAUGAUGAUUUACAGGAAAGAGUCAAGCAAAAGGGCUUCACCGUCAUGCGGAAAGAUUUCAACGUUGGCCUCUACGACAUGAUUAAACACACCAGAGAUGCAACUAAUAAUGCCAACCCGCUGAGGUAA